ACCACUGUCUGUAUUAUGGUAACUUUAAGGUUCCUGUGUCAAUUUCUGCCACAGAAAAUACCUAUAUGGACUUGGGAAUAUGUCCCCAGGCGAUUCUGUUGUUGUGUGGCAACUGAUAAAACCAUCUGCCAGGAAAACACGAGAGACAGUGAAGACCAAUCUAAAAGCUGGAUAAAAAAGAGGAGGAAUAAGAAACACAGUCUUCUUCCUAAACCAGCCAAUGAACACCUUUCCUGGGAGGAGCGGCUUGCGGAUGCUGUGACUCCACUUUGGAGACUAUGUUAUGAGGAGCAGCUUCAACUAAAGUUUGAAGAGCAGAAGAGAAUUCUCCUGCAGCUCUCAGCCCGUCUUUCAGGAGAUGCUGACCCCUUAAACCCACAGCCCUGGACCCGGGGCCAGCUCAGCUUCCCACUGCUACCCACCGUGCCAUCUCCAGUGCUAGACGGGUACAGAAACAAAUCAACCUUUUCAGUGAACAGAGGGAUCAAUGGUGACCCCAAAACUGUUGGGUUCUAUGUUGGAACUGGGAAAGGCCGGAAUAUUGUCUGUGUUCGUUCUGACCACCUCUUGAACAUGCCAGCAAAGCACAAAGACGUAGCACGGUUCUAUGAGGAGUUUAUCCGUCAAUCUCCAUUGGAACCCUGUAUCAUGUUCCAUGAAGGCGGGCACUGGCGUGAGAUAACGGUACGUACCAACUUAGUGGGCAGCACAAUGGCAAUCGUGUACUUUCACCCGCAGAACCUAACACAGGAGGAGAUCCAGCCCCAUAAAGAAACCCUGGUGGAAUUCUUCACCCACGGACCAGGGACAGCUUGCCAGCUCACAUCGCUGUACUUCCAGGAGAGCUCAAUGACUCGCUGCACUAAUGAGCAGUCUCCCUACCAACUACUCUAUGGGGAGCCUUAUAUUUUUGAGGAGCUCCUGGGGCUGAGGUUCCGCAUCUCUGCCGACGCUUUCUUCCAGGUGAACACUUCAGGUGCUGAAGUUCUGUACAGGACUGUUGGUGAGGUGAGCAAGGCUGACAGAAGCAGCAUCUUGAUAGAUGUGUGCUGUGGAACAGGAGCUAUUGGUCUCUCUCUGUCCAAGGGGGUCGAGCAGGUGAUUGGCAUCGAACUGAUUGAACAAGCUGUGCAGGAUGCCGCGCACAAUGCCUCCCUCAAUGGAAUCUCUAAUUGUGACUUCCGCUCGGGGAAGGCAGAAGUAGUUUUGCCCCAGUUACUGCCCUCGCUGGAUUCUGCAGCUCCCCUUUUUGCCACUGUGAACCCUUCUCGUGCUGGACUGCAUUACAGAGUGAUCCGGGCAAUCCGAAACUGCGCUUCCAUCCACAGGCUUAUUUACAUCUCCUGCAAACCAGAUGGGGAAGCAAUGAGGAACUUCACUGAGCUGUGCUGUCCUCCAGACAGACAAAAGAAGCUUCUUGGUGAUCCCUUUGUCCCCACUGUAGCUAUACCUGUUGACAUGUUCCCACACACCGCACACUGCGAAUUGGUGUUGGUCUUUGAAAGAUAGGAAGGGAAAGGGAUACUCUGCACAAUCUAGUCACAGAAUUAUAUCUUCUCGUGUGUUCUGUGUAGCUCCCUAUUGCUGUUUCUGCUUAUCUACUUACUAGCUUGAGUGUCUCCUUUCAGUCACAGAAAAAUCAUAAAGCUGAAGUUUAGUUAAUUACCACUGAAAUGUGCCGGUCCACCACAUCAAAUCAGAAAUUAAAAUUGAAGGAUUUAAGGAUUUUAAUGAUAUAAGCACAAACAACAAUAGAGAAUUUUAUGAAAACAGCCGUGCCACCAAAACUCUAGCCUGCUGACAGUCUCAAACUGUUCAGUUCAUUAAGUUGAUAAUAGAUGUGUUUGAACCUUGCUUUUAAUGACCCUUCUAAUGUUUGCAGAGUAGUGAAGCGUGCAGACUACUAGUCUCAUGGCUUACCUCACUAGGUUAACCAAAAUAAACCUGUAUAUGUCAACAUGCCACACAGUAGUUAAACAUUAAGAAAAAAAUGUCUGGCACUUUGGAUUAUUGUGUGUGUGUGCUGUCACAAAAGAAAAUAAAUAUUUCCAUCAUUGUAAAUCGAUCCUCUGUUUGGACUUCCCCUCGUUCAUGUACCGCUCACAUCCUGACAACUAUUCACAGUAGAGCUAGUCGAUGACUAACCCUAACCUUUGUAUGUACAAGAGUCCUUGGGACUAACUGGUGUUAUUAAUUAACGCUGGUUUUAUUGUCUAAAUAUAAUAUAGUAACAUAGGAAAGGCAUAGAAUAAAAAAUUUAUCUAACAAAAUAUAACAACUAAAAUUCACAAAGGGUUUAGGACUUCAGAAAUUUAGAGUUGACUUGCAAAAAGUAAAUAGUGUAAAAUAUCCACGUUUUCACUGUAUGUGCUACUUCAUCAAUGUUGACAGUAUUUGGAUGAGUAAUGGUGUAGGAUAAACAUACAAAAUACACAUAGUUUUAUUCAUGACAAAGUGUCUGUUAUUAGUUAUGAUAUUGUGGGCUUAUCAGCUUAUCAGUUAUUUAAAGUAUAUUUCUUCAAAGUCUGUUUUAAUUAAUAAAACUGUUCCUGACUUGCAUUGACUUGGCGUAUUACUGAAA